AUCCCUCUUCAACCUUCAGCUUCUCUGCUGUCUGGAGGGGCACCUUCAACCAGCUCCGCGGUGCACCGGUAGCGGCUUAGUUAAGGAAUAGUAGAAAGACCACUUUCUUACAAGCAAAAUGUCCUUCCUUACAAUCAGCAGGUUAGCACCUAGACUCCUUAAUUCAAAGAAUGCCACUUCUGUCCUAGUGGCUGCCAGGCAUGCCAGUGCAUUAACAAAUCUGAAGGAUGUACUUUCAGACCUUAUUCCCAAAGAACAAAGCAGGAUUAAGAGCUUCAAACAACAGUAUGGGAAAACCAAUAUUGGACAAAUCACUGUGGACAUGGUCUAUGGUGGAAUGAGGGGCAUGAAGGGUCUGGUGUACGAGACGUCAGUGCUAGAUCCUGAUGAGGGCAUCCGUUUCCGGGGCUACAGCAUUCCGGAGUGUCAGCAGCUGUUGCCAAAGGCUCCAGGAGGUCAAGAGCCUCUGCCUGAAGGCUUGUUCUGGCUGCUGAUCACGGGGCAGGUUCCCACAGAGGAACAGGUGAACUGGCUGUCGUCAGAGUGGGCCAAGCGGGCAGCUCUGCCCUCCCAUGUGGUCACCAUGCUGGACAACUUCCCAACCAACCUGCACCCCAUGUCUCAGUUCAGUGCUGCCAUCACAGCUCUGAACAGCGAGAGUACCUUCGCCCGUGCUUACUCUGAAGGUGUCAAUAAGGCCAAGUAUUGGGAGUUUGCCUAUGAAGACUCCAUGGACUUGAUUGCCAAGUUGCCAUGCGUUGCCGCUAAGAUCUACCGUAACCUGUACCGUGAGGGAAGUAGCAUUGGAGCCAUCGACUCUAGCCUGGAUUGGUCCCACAACUUUUCCAACAUGCUGGGAUACAGUGAUGCCCAGUUCACUGAGCUCAUGAGACUAUACCUCACCAUCCACAGUGACCAUGAGGGCGGUAACGUCAGUGCCCACACCAGUCACCUUGUUGGCAGUGCCCUGUCCGACCCCUACCUGUCCUUCAGUGCAGCUAUGAAUGGAUUGGCUGGACCUCUGCAUGGUUUGGCCAACCAGGAGGUGUUGGUGUGGCUGACAGCCCUUCAGAAGGAGCUUGGUGGGGAGGUGUCUGAUGAGAAGAUGAGGGAUUACAUCUGGAACACACUGAAGUCUGGCAGGGUGGUGCCAGGUUACGGGCAUGCCGUCCUUAGGAAGACUGACCCAAGGUACACUUGUCAGCGGGAGUUUGCACUCAAGCACUUACCUGCUGACCCCAUGUUCAAGAUGGUGGCCCAGCUGUACAAGAUUGUACCCAAUGUGCUGCUGGAGCAGGGUAAAGCCAAGAACCCCUGGCCUAAUGUAGAUGCCCACAGCGGAGUGCUUCUGCAGUACUAUGGCAUGUCAGAGAUGAACUACUACACUGUGCUGUUUGGAGUGUCCAGAGCCCUGGGUGUGCUGGCCCAGCUGGUAUGGAGCCGGGCACUGGGCUUCCCCCUGGAGCGCCCCAAGUCCAUGAGCACAGAUGGACUCAUGACCCUGGUGGGAGCCAAGUCAGGCUGAACAAAAAAAACUAGGAGGGGGAAGAAGAAACCGGAGGAGGAAAUGUAUAUGUAUCUUGCCCUCCCCAUCCCAAUGGAAAAGGAUUCAAAGAGACAGUACACUUUUAAAAAUCAAUCUCAAAAGGGACUUUAAUUUGAACUAUUUCUUUGUUACAUGUACAUUAUACAUUAGCUCACAGGUUUCCCCAUCAUGGCUGGACAUUUUGAAAAUAUCAAAAUCUACGAACAGGCACAUGCACGACACCCUUGUUAUAGCAAAGAUCUCUGAUUGGUGAACUGUCACCUCCAAAACAAAAAGAAAUCAGGUAUUGUCAGCAAGGAACUAGUUAUUAAGCAAACUUGACCUUGGUUGCUUUUGUUAACUCAUCAUCUGGAAAGUAAAAAGCAUUUUUUGUUUGACAUUUACCAUAUUUUUCUCUGCAAUUUCCCUCGACCCUAGUCUGCCAGUAGACUCCACUCCCAUUAUGAACACUCCAGUUUAGGAAAUGAUUUAAAAUAUAUAAUUAAGCUGUUUAGAUGAACAUUGGAAUCAGUUCAAAAGAAACAGCCCCUUUAAAUCUUUUUUGUUUCACAUUUCUCUCUGACUUUGAAUUCUCUUGUUUAGCUGAUGGCACUCUAUGAUCAAAAUAACUUUUCUAUCACAAUAAUCUUGGUUGUGUAUCACUUGUAAUACUACAGUAUGUUAUUUUAUGUGGGAUUUGUGUUGGCAAAUACUUGAGUGAUUGUUUGAGAUCUGUGGUCUUUUGCUUGCAGUUAGUUCCUGAGAGCAAGCUAAAAUAUAAUUGGGCUUUUAUUUUUUUGGGGGGUGCUCUUAUUGUGUUGGAUUAAGUUUGUUUCCUAUUCCCCAGAUUUCAGUGCUGUUGUGAUCUACUACUACCCAAAAUAAGCACUUGCUAGUCUGGAUUCCUUAAUUAUUAGCAGUAGCAAGAUCCCUGUUUUAUUUAGUGUCCCUUUAACUGAGGGGUGUUUAUUAACCUUGUCUUGUUUGUGGGUCAAUAAUUUGUGGUUUUAUUUAUACUUAUUUGUAUACAUAGGAUAUCAUUAUAUGUAUAACCUGAAUGUAUGAGCUCUACUCAGCCAUAUUGCUUAAAAAAAAAAACAGUUUCAUUUUACACCUGUUGCAUAAAGCCUCACUCAACUCAAGUGUAUCUUUUUUUAGGGGGGAUUUAAGUCUUAGAACUUAUUUUAAUGAACAUGUAAUCUGCUUGUAUUGUAAAUAAUUUAAUAGGCUAUUUGCAUUAACAUCUUGGCAGGUGUUUACAUUGAAUGUCUCAAGCUUGUUCUCAGGCCAUAGAAGUAGUGUUUGUCUGAGGAGCAUUAACCGUUAAAGGUUUCUGAACACUCCAUUUUGUGUAGCAGUCAUUUUUUUUCUGCUAUAACUGUGGAACUGUAGACCUUAAUGUUUGCCAGACUUUUGUUUCUUUAAUCCCUUUUAAAUCUCCAUGCCUUGUUCUGGUUUUUCCUCGUCUGGCUUUCACAGUUGUUUUAAUUGUCCCCCACUACAUGUUCUACUUGUCCUUUUGUUUUGUGUUUGUAGUUAUUUUGAUCAUAAAGGUAAUACUGUUUUGUGGAUUGGGUAGAAUUCAGAGAAUCAGAGGAGCUAGUGGGGCUCAAUGGGUCAGAUAGGGGAAGGUGCUUACAAGAGAAAAAAUGGGAAAACUUAAACUAUUAAAGUUUUUAAAAACAA